GCCAGCAUAGCUUUCUUCACCUCCAGCAGUUUCUACCAACAAAUUUAUGACUCUCCAUAUGAGAUGUCCCAUUGACAACACAUAUUAUUCCUACACCAACGGUCAGCACAACUAUGCUCAGUUCAGUUUCCGGGCUUUCAAGUUCCUCCGGACUCACGCCUUUGUGUACCUGCAGUGUAAGGUGAUCAUCUGCCCAGAUAACGACUACAACUCUCGCUGCCGCCAAGGUUGCCGCUUGCGUCGCAAGAGAUCCCUUGGCAGCACCUACCACACCAAUACUGUGACGCUGGGGCCAAUCAAACUCAAAGGCAUCGUAUGAAGGAGUCUGAAACGUCUGAAAUAAAUGAUCAUCUUCUUAAUCAUAACCUUAAUCAUUACUAUUAAUAAAUCCUUAUUAACCA